CAGCAGCGGCGGGGGGAUGGGCGGCGGCCUGGAGAACGGCACCUACCCCCCGUCGCCUGCCCUGCCCCCCGGCUACCCUCCGCUCCUGGUGAACCCCUGGGACAUCGUGCUGUGCUCCUCGGGGACGCUGAUCGCCUGCGAGAACGCCCUGGUGGUGCUGGUCAUCUGGCAGAACCCGGCCCUGCGUGCCCCCAUGUUCCUGCUGAUCGGCAGCCUGGCGCUGGCGGACCUGCUGGCCGGGCUGGGCCUGGUGCUGCACUUCACCUUCGCCUACCUGCUGCGCUCCGACUCGGCCCAGCUGCUCACCGUGGGCCUGGUGGUGGCCUCCUUCUCCGCCUCCGUCUUCAGCCUGCUGGCCAUCACCAUCGACCGCUACCUGUCGCUCUACUACGCGCUGACGUACAACUCGGAGCGCACGGCGGCGUUCACGUACACCAUGCUGGUGCUGCUGUGGGGGCUGUCCCUGUGCCUGGGGCUGCUGCCCGUAACGGGGGUCAACUGCCUGGGCGCGGAGGCCAGCUGCAGCGUGGUGCGCCCGCUCACCAAGAACAACGUGGUCGUGCUCUCCAUCUCCUUCCUGCUGCUGUUUGGCCUCAUGCUGCAGCUCUACGUGCAGAUCUGCAAGAUCGUGAUGCGCCACGCGCACCAGAUCGCCCUGCAGCACCACUUCCUGGCCGCCUCGCCGCACUACGUCACCACGCGAAAGGGCGUGUCCACGCUGGCGCUGAUCCUGGGCACCUUUGCGGCGUGCUGGAUGCCGUUCACCGUCUACUCGCUGGUGGCGGACUACACCUACCCGCAGCUCUACACCUACGCCACACUGGUGCCCGCCACCUACAACUCCGUCAUCAACCCUGUGAUCUACGCCUUCCGCAACCAGGAGAUCCAGAAGGCCCUCUGGCUUGUCUGCUGCGGCUGCGUGCCCGCCAGCGUGGCGCACAGGGCCCGCACGCCCAGUGACGUCUGA